CUUCUCCUGCCCCCAGCGGCCCGGGAGGAACUGAACGGGCGCCGCACAGGAAGUAGCGGCUGCGGGGAGCGGCGGCGCCAGCUGGGGCUGCGGCGCUCCAUGAGACCAGGCUCCCGCAGCCGCCCGGCCCCGCUCUUCUCCGCCUCCCGGCACCGGCACCAGCGGCCGAGCCCGGGGGCUGGAGCCGGAGGCUGAGCCGGCCGCAGGCGGCUCCGGCUUCUUCCCGAGGAGGCGGCGGGGAACGCAGGCAAAUGAGAAAGCAAAUCUCUUGAAACAUAAGCAGUGGUACUUCCCUGGAGGGAGGAGAUGGGAAUUCUCCUGUUACUCUGAGAGUUGCCAGGUGCCAGAAGUGGUCCACAGUGGUGGUGGACAAUUAUUCUGAGUGACGGCCCUUGCACACGCUUCUGAGUGGUUAUCAUGGGCUUCAUUGCCUUUCUGAAGACCCAGUUCAUAGUUCACCUCCUCAUUGGGUUCGUCUUUGUUGUGAGUGGACUGAUCAUUAACUUCAUUCAACUAUGCACGCUAGUCCUCUGGCCCAUAAACAAGCAGUUUUAUCGACGAGUAAACUGUCGCCUUGCCUAUUCGCUUUGGAGCCAGUUGGUAAUGCUGCUGGAAUGGUGGUCAGGCACAGAGUGCACCUUGUUCUCUGACGAGGCUACUGUGAAUACCUUUGGGAAAGAGCACGUCAUCAUCAUCUUGAAUCACAACUUUGAAAUUGACUUCUUGUGUGGCUGGACUAUGACAGAACGCUUUGGAGUACUCGGGAGUUCCAAAGUUCUCGCUAAGAGAGAGCUACUGUAUGUGCCCCUAAUUGGCUGGACGUGGUACUUCCUUGAGAUUGUUUUCUGCAAAAGGAAAUGGGAAGAAGACAGAGAUACGGUUAUUGAAGGAUUAAAACGUUUGGCUGAUUAUCCUGAAUAUAUGUGGUUUCUCCUGUAUUGUGAAGGAACUCGUUUUACAGAGACGAAGCAUCGUAUCAGUAUGGAGGUAGCCGAAUCCAAGGGGUUGCCUAAACUGAAAUACCACCUAUUGCCCAGAACCAAAGGUUUCACCACUGCUGUCCAGUGUCUCAGGGGAACAGUUGCAGCAGUGUAUGAUGUAACACUAAAUUUCAGAGGAAACAAGAACCCCUCCUUAUUAGGAAUUCUUUAUGGAAAGAAAUAUGAAGCAGAUAUGUGUGUAAGGAGAUUUCCUCUGGAAGACAUCCCUCAAGAUGAAAAGGAAGCUGCAAAUUGGCUUCAUAAGCUUUAUCAAGAAAAGGAUGCUUUGCAAGAGAUGUAUAAUCAGGAAGGCGUAUUUCCUGGCCAGCAGUUUAAACCUCCUAGGAGACCAUGGACUCUCCUAAACUUUCUUUUCUGGGCCACAGUUCUCCUCUCUCCUCUCUUCACAUUUGGCUUUGGAGUUUUUGCAAGUGGAUCACCUCUCCUUAUCCUUGCAUUCCUGGGAUUUGUUGGAGCAGCUUCCUUUGGAGUUCGUAGACUGAUAGGAGUAACUGAAAUAGAAAAAGGCUCCAGCUAUGGCAACCAAGAAUUCAAGAAAAAGGAAUAACUGACAGCUGCAGUUCAGCACAUAUAAUGAGACUAUGGUACCUGAUUAACUUCAGUUAAAAAACAAACACUUAGAAACUAUCUUUUUCUUAAUAACUGAUGACUAAUAUUAAUGAAUAAAACUUGAGCCAAGAAUGAAGAAUUUGGAGGCAUCAACUGAAAAGAACGAAUCAACUUUCUGCCUGUUUAAGGAUUACUGUAGUCAAACUAUGGGAGAAAAUCUGGGGUGGGGGGGAGGAGGAAAUUAAUUUUUCUUGCUUUGUUGGGGGUUUGGGGGUGGGGGGAGAAGAGAGGUCAUUGGGCAUGGCCAUGUGCAUCGUCAGAUGACUGAAUACACUGGUUUCUGUCAAGAGCACUACACUCACUUUUACAACAGGAGCCAUUGAAUGUUUCCUCUUGCUAAAGCCAACAUAGCGUUUGAUUUUUCAACUUUUUUAUUAAUGAUCCAGGAAAAAACAACCAUUCUUUAAUUAAUUAUAGAUGUUCACUGGAUUAGUCUCUUUGGAAAGGUUGUGUUUUCAUGGCUACAGAUUAAAUCCUAUUUGUAUGU